AUGUCCCGGCCAGGCCCCGGUGUGGACCCCCAGCCUCCUCCGCCUCUGCUCUCCUUGGCUCCCCCACCGGAGGUCCUGGGCAAGAUCCUGAGCGAGCAGUUUGGGCCCUUGCCUUUCAUGGCCCCCAUCACCCGCAUGAAGAAGAAGCCCUCCGGACACUACUUCCCCACCGAAAACCGGGAGCAGGUCCUGGGCAGGAGGCGGGCCGCCAACGCCAAGGAGAGGGAGCGGAUAAGGAACUUGAACAGUGGUUUUUCCAAGCUCAAGUCCAUCGUGCCGCUUAUUCCGAAGGACCGGAAGCCCAGUAAGGUCGACAUGCUGAAGGCGGCCACCGAAUACAUCCGCCUGUUGCGCUUGAUUUUGGAAGAAACCGGAGGGCUUGAGGUGGAGGAUUCACCAGCUCACCCUUCUCCUGAGCCCGAUUUGGUGCCAGGAGCGAUGGAGGAAAGCUUGCCGGGCAAUGCCCCAUCCCAAAGAUCCAGCUGCUACAUCAAGACGGAGAACGGCAUGGAAGUGGUUUGGACAAACCAGGUGGUGGACGCCGCUGCGUGUCCGUGGGGGCAAACGCUCCUGCCGGCGUAUGUGGGGAUUGUGGAGCUCCACAAAAACGGAUAA